UCGUUGUUAGAUUCAGGAGACUCCGAUAAAGUCAGUCCUUUAAAAGCUGUGAGAAAUGCGCACGGGUUCUGCAAUUCCGUGUUUUCCGACUGUCCUUGAGGAGUCCUUGAAGGCAGCAGCGUCCUGGUCUGAGCGGUUCUGGACUCUGGAAGUCAAACUACGUCAACAGGAGCCUCAGAGGAGCCGGACGGAGGCGGCGCGCUGCGUUCACUCCGAAACAUCCCCGAAAAGUCAACGGAGGUGAAACGACUAGUGCAUCUUGGAUCGUUUUCCAGCAGGUGGACAUGUUGGAUCCGCGCGUAAAGACGCACUGAGGACGGAUUUAAAAGUACAUUUUUGCUACUUCUUGAGCAGGAGAAGAAGAUGCUGGCGAGAAAAAGCAUCAUCCCGGAGGAGUUCGGGCUGCCGGGACUCGCCUCUCGGAUGCCCCGCAAGCCGGUGUUCCGGGACCGCGUCAACAAAGCGCGCUUCAUCGCCAAGAACGGUUCGUGCAACUUGGCGCACAAGAACAUCCGCGAGCAGGGCCGCUUCCUGCAGGAUGUCUUCACCACGCUGGUGGACCUGAAAUGGCGCUUCACGCUGGUCAUCUUCACCACUACGUUCGUCAGCAGCUGGCUGCUGUUCGCCAUGAGCUGGUGGCUGGUGGCGUUUGCGCACGGAGACCUGGAUCCGUUGCGGCAAAACGGGACCCACUGCGUCACCGACGUCAAGUCAUUCACAUCGGCCUUCCUGUUCUCCAUUGAGGUUCAGGUGACCAUCGGCUUCGGGGGACGGAUGAUAACAGAACAGUGUCCGACCGCCAUCACCGUCCUCAUCCUGCAAAACAUCGUGGGACUCAUCAUCAACGCUGUCAUGCUGGGUUGCAUCUUUAUGAAAACAGCUCAGUCGAACCGUCGUGCAGAAACUCUGAUCUUCAGCCGACAUGCUGUGAUCGCUGUUAGAAACAACCGCCUGUGUUUCAUGAUCCGAAUUGGAGAUCUGAGGAAGAGUAUGAUCAUCGGAGCUACAGUCAGGUUACAGGUGGUGAGGAAGACGACCACACCUGAGGGGGAGGUGAUUCCCAUCCAUCAGAUCGACGUCCAGACGGAGAGCGCUGUCGCCAGUAACAGCCUCUUCCUGCUCGCACCGCUCAUCAUCUGCCAUGUCAUCGACAAAAACAGCCCGCUGUACGAUCUGUCGGCGAUGGAGCUCCAGUGCAGCGACCUCGAGGUCAUCGUCAUCCUGGAGGGAGUCGUGGAGACGACCGGCAUCACCACGCAGGCCCGGACCUCCUACGUCUCAGAGGAGAUCCAGUGGGGUCACCGCUUCGUUCCCAUAGUAACAGAGGAGGAGGGCGUAUACUCGGUGGACUACUCCAAGUUCGGAAACACAGUCAGGGUGGCGACGCCUCGCUGCAGCGCCCGAGAGCUGGACGAGAAGCCGUCCAUCUUAAUCCAAACCCUGCAGAAGAGCGAGCUGUCGCACCAGAACUCGCUGAGGAAGAGGAACUCGAUGCGACGGAACAACUCCAUGCGUAAAGGAGCAGGAAGCAGCGGGAGUCUUCGAAGGAACAACUCUGGACUCGCUAAAGUCCAGUUCUUCGCCCCGACCGAUGGAGGCCAGAACCUGAACGGUGUCACCUGACAUGAGGCCUCCCUGCUGCUGGCCGCCCUGCUGCUCCUGCUGGGGAAAAGGAUUCUGGGUGUCGGAGUUUCUGCUUCCCUUACGGGACUCGUUCUUUCUCUGUUCCCCGCAUUAUUUCGACUCAUGUUUCGACACGUUUACUGCUAACGUUGCUCAUGUUCACCUGCAUGGAGUAAUGAGGUUGUUUUUCAGAUUGUUUCUCUGAUUCCUGCAGUUCAGCCGCACAGUUAAACCGGUCAACGGAACAUUUCAGUGCACCGACUAAAACCCACAACAUGAAUAACAAGAUGGAGAACAACUGGCUCCUCAGCAAAGACACAAAAACACAUUUAGAGUGACAUUUUCUCAAAGCAAAGUCGAAUGAUUUAUUAUUAUUUAUAUGACCCAAAAUCAGUCUUUAAAUCUUUACAGUGUAAACAACUUGUAAAGAAAAAGCACUUUUCAGGUACAGGCUAAAUGCUGUACUUGCAGUUAGAUGCAUCUCAGAAAGACUGACUUGAAGGUAGUGAAUAUUUCUGCAAUAACCUAUUUUAACUUUGAUAUGAAAGAGUCUUCAUUCUGUUAAUCCUUGUCCAAAAACCAAAAUUGAAUUGACCAUGAUUCAGUGUUUAAAAGCACUUAGCUGAAAAAAUCAAAUGGAAAUGUUAACGAGGUGAAAAAUACUUGAUUUUUACCAGAUGGGGUCUUUAGCUGAUGCGUUGCACACUUCUAAGUUAUCAGAAGGUAUUCAGAUUAAUCAAAAUGUUAGUAGACUAUCAAAAUAAUUGCCAGUUUUUGUAGGUUUACUGUAGCCUCAGGAUGCACUUGGUAAAAGUUGCUUUGGUACCCCAAAAAGUUCAGCUUACACACUCCUGAGUAUUGCAGAGCUUUAAGCCAGUGUUUAAUCAUCUGCAGGUGAUUAGAAGAAGCUUCAUUUCAAAUGAUCAUAACAGCAGUAAUUACAAUAGUCCAGUUUUUACGCCAAGUUUACUGUUUUGGGGGAAACGCUAAAGUAAUGUUUUCUUACCCAUUAAAGUCACAGUUUGACUACUAAACGUGGUGAAUAGUGACGAUCAAUCACUGUACUGUAAUGUCAUUUUUCACUUCUGUGUUGUUUGACAAUAAAUGCACCAACUUUA